AUGUCGGACACUCUUGAUCUUGGCCCUCUUCCCAAAACCAUCACUGGCAGCUGUCAGUGCAAAAGGAUUGCCUACAAAGUGGAUUUCGGCGAGAACCACUCUUUCACUGAUGCCAGCGGAACAUGCCAAUGCACGCAGUGUCGAAGGAGCACUUCUUGCCUCUUCUUCGUCUACCACAAGGUUCCAUAUUCGUCUCUGACCUGGACCACGCCUACCGAUACGAUUAAAAACUACUAUUGCACAGAGGGCAACGCCCGAGGCUUUUGCGCCGAGUGUGGUACCUUUCUGUACUGGCGGCGGGAGACAGGUCCCAACAUCAGCAUCGCCAUCGGUACGAACGAGAUCCCCGGCGUGACAGAUGAUAUGCGCCUCGUAGGCGUAGCCUACACUCCUUCCUUGCAGAAUUACCUAGUUAACCCCUUCCAAGUUCCCAUGGCGGAGACAGAUCUCAAUCGAAGUUGGCAUGCCAAAGUUGGGUCCUGGUUCUUGGGGCCUCGCGCCGAGAACCUUGGUCUUCUGAGGGACAUGCUCAACAGCGUUUUGACGGACCAUGCCGAGGCUAGGAGGAGCCUGUUUCCUCAUGACCCUGCCUUUAUCCUCCGCAGCAUGCAGUCAGCGGAGUCUUUUACCUAUAGGGUUGGCAAGUUCAAGGAAGACGUCCGAGAGCUGUCCCGGAAUCUGGCCAAGCAUUCUACUCCGAUUUGGUCACCUAGAUACAAUGGCCACAUGAGUAUGGAUACCACACUUGCGGGUAUAGUCGGCUACGUGGCUGCCAUGUUGCACAACCCGAACAACGUGGGAACGGAGGGCAGUGCGUUGACCUCUCAGCUCGAGAAGGAGGUUGGCGAGGAUCUGUGUAGGAUGCUAGGCUAUUACAAGAACCGCAAUGUUACGCCUUGGGGUCAUUUGACUUCCGGCGGCUCUGUUGCAAAUCUCGAGGCCACUUGGGCUUUCCGAAACCUCAAGUUUUACCCCUUGUCUCUGCGGGAGGCCACCCUCGCCGACGGACCACUAUCCUUUCUUCAACAUUCAGAGCCUCCAUUCGAGGUAGAAACAUCUCAGGGAGUUAGAAAGCAAUUUACGCAACUCUCUGUAUGGGAGCUUCUCAAUCUUAAACCGUCCACGGUACUGGAGCUACCGACGCGCCUGGCCGCAGAAUAUUUCAUUUCUUCGACAUUCCUGCAAAGUGCGCUCAAUCCGUACCUAGUCCAGACGACAGGCAAGGAUGUUCUAGAGGCGAAAUAUGGUAUCCCACCUGGGAAAGUUCUCCUUGGCGCCACUAAGCACUAUUCGUGGCCUAAGAAUGGAGCCAUCUCCGGAAUCGGUUCCGCCAAUUUCAUUGAGGUUUCUGUGGAUGAGCAGGCGCGCCUGGACACGGAGGCCCUCAGAGCUCUGCUGGAUACGCUUAUCCGAAAGCAGAUCCCCGUGUUCGCAGUUGUCGCCAUUGCUGGGUCCACCGAACACGGUGCUUGCGAUCCCGUCUCUGAGAUUGUCCAGAUCCGCGAGGAGUAUGAAAAAAGGGCCUGA